GAAGUAGCAACGAGCAAGACCAUGAAGUGUGACAUCAAAUCUGACUCAGGGAGCACAUCCACUGGUUCCCUUUCAGAUCCAAAUCAGUUGACGUUGACUCUUCCGGUAGAGAUUGAUGAAUCCGAGAUUAUGAGCACAAAGAUACUGUGUGCAGUAAGAGCAGGUGACAAAGAAUCCCUCCUCAAAAGUGUGAGGCAUGAUGUGUCACUUUAUGUGAACAACGAUGGAGUUUCUCCGUUAUAUUUGGCUGUAGAAGCUGGAUAUUGUGAGCUCGUGGCAAAAAUGCUUGAAUCUUCAUCUUGCCCAUCUAAGUUACCUUUGAUGUAUUGCGGAAAAUCUGUUGUACAUGCAGCAAUGAGGGCCAAGAGAAGAGAUAUCCUUGGUAUUGUUCUUCGUCAUGAUCCAGCACUUAUUGAAUUACGCAACGAAGAAGGAAGAACGUGUCUUUCAAUCGGAGCAUCAAUUGGAUUUUAUGAGGGAAUCCGCUAUAUACUAUCAGACUUCAACAAAGCAGCUUCAAGUGUCUGUUAUGUCGCUGAUGAUGAUGGAUUCUUUCCGAUUCAUAUGGCAGCGAAAGAAGGACAUGUCAAAAUAAUAAAAGAGUUUCUUAAACAUUGUCCUGACUCUGUAGAGCUACUUAACAGUCAGUGUCAGAAUAUUCUUCAUGUUGCUGCCAAAACUGGUAAGUCGAAAGUUGUCAAGUAUCUUCUAAAACUUGAUGAACAUAAAAGAUUGAUGAAUGAACAAGACUUGGAUGGAAAUACUCCAUUACAUCUAGCCACGAAACAGAAACACCCGAUGGUUGUGAAUGUUCUUACGUGGAACUACAACGUUAAGCUAGCAACAAUGAAUAAUGAUGGCUCUACAGCUCUAGAUAUCGCUGAGGCGUUAAAGGACAGUGCUUACGUACUUCGCAAGAGAUUGACUUGGAUGGCUUUGGUAUCUGCUGGUGCACCAAAUGGUCCAAAAGCGAUUCCCCUGGACAGUGUUUCACCGAGUCUCAUAGAAAAUCCAGAAAUUUACAAAGAUAGUUUCAAUACUCUUAUGGUGACUGCAACACUUGUAGCAACUGUGACAUUCACUGCAGGUUUCACAUUACCUGGUGGUUACAUAAACUCUGCCCCAGAUUUAGGCAUGGCUGCAUUGGUCAAUCAAAUGAAUUUCAAGGUUUUUAUCUUGCUCAACAGCAUUUCAAUGUGCAGUUCUGUGGUAACUAUAGUGGCUCUUAUCUGGGCACAACUAGGCGAUCUUAUACUGACAAAGAAAGCUUUGAAACUAGCUUUACCACUUCUUGUAACCGCUCUUGCAUCAAUGGCAAUGGCAUUUGUGGCUGGAGUUACUCUUGUUGUAAGCAAUCUCCCAUGGCUUUCGCAUUUGGUAUUAGCCAUAGAUACAAUAUUCUUUGUAGUCUUGUUGCUGCUUAUCAUUCCUUACGCUUUCUCCUCUACUAGACAAGGCUUUCUCCGACACGUCUUCUACUUUCCCUAUUUCCUGAUGCUUUUGGUUGUUAGUGAUGAGAGCAACAACAUCGAUUGAUGAAAGAGUUGUCUGUUUAACAGUGUCUGUGUUAUGGAAACUUUCUCAAAUAAAACAAGAGCAGACACAUCCACUUGAAAGUUGUAACAUUAAGGUUCUGUUUAAUAAUAGUGUAUCGCCUUGUACCAUCAUCUCCUAUGUAUCAAUUCAGUAAGACGGUAA